AUGGCCUUGCUGGGCAAGCGCUGUGACAUCCCCACCAACGGCUGCGGGCCCGACCGCUGGAACGCCGCCUUCGCCCGCAAAGACGAGAUCAUCACAAGCCUGGUUUCCGCCUUAGACUCCAUGUGCUCGGCGCUGUCCAAGCUGAACGCGGAGGUGGCGUGCGUGGCUGUGCAUGACGAGAGCGCCUUCGUGGUGGGCACCGAGAAGGGCCGGCUGUUCCUCAGUGCGCGGAAGGAGCUGCAGGCCGACUUCCUCAGGUUCUGCCGAGGACCCCCAUGGAAGGAUCUGGAGGUGGAGCACCCCAAGAAGGUGCAGCGGGGCGAGGGCGGUGGCCGGAGCAUCCCGCGGUCCUCCCUGGAGCACGGCUCGGACGUGUACCUGCUGCGCAAGAUGGUAGAGGAAGUCUUUGAUGUUCUUUAUAGUGAGGCCCUGGGCAGGGCCAGCGUGGUGCCGCUGCCCUACGAGAGGCUACUGAGGGAGCCAGGGCUCCUGGCCGUGCAGGGGCUGCCCGAGGGCCUGGCCUUCCGCAGGCCAGCCGAGUACGACCCCAAGGCCCUCAUGGCUAUCCUGGAACACAGUCACCGCAUCCGCUUCAAGCUCAAGAGGACACCAGAAGACGCUGGGCGCGACUCAAAGACACUGGUGGAACUGAAUGGCAUCUGCUUGCCCUCCAAGGGCUCCCGGGACUGCAGCCUGCAUGGUCAGACCCCCAAGGGGACCACGCAGGACCUUACCCCCACCGCCACCACCUCUUCCUCCUCCUCGUCUUCCUCCUCAUCCAUGGCCGGCUUCCUGUACAGCACAGCGCUCCCCAGCCACACUGUCCGCGAGCUUAAGCAGGAAGCACCCGCCUGCCCGCUUGUCACCAGCGAUCUGGGCUUCAGCCGGCCUGGGCCGGCGGAGCUCACGGCCUCCAGCACCCAGGACUUUUCCGAUUGCUGUGGACAGAAGCUCCCGGGGCCUGGUGGGCCACUCAUCCAGAAUGUGCACGCCUCCAAGCGCAUCCUCUUCUCCAUCGUCCAUGACAAGUCGGAGAAGUGGGACGCCUUCAUCAAGGAGACAGAAGACAUCAACACGCUGCGGGAGUGUGUGCAGAUCUUGUUCAACAGCAGAUACGCGGAAGCCCUGGGCCUGGACCACAUGGUCCCCGUCCCCUACAGGAAGAUCGCCUGUGACCCGGAGGCAGUGGAGAUUGUGGGCAUCCCAGACAAGAUCCCCUUCAAGCGCCCCUGCACAUACGGGGUCCCCAAGCUCAAGCGGAUCCUAGAGGAGCGACACAGCAUCCACUUCAUCAUUAAGAGGAUGUUUGAUGAGCGAAUUUUCACAGGGAACAAGUUUACCAAAGAUGCCACUAAGCUGGAACCAGCCAGCCCACCGGAGGACACCACCCCCGAAGGCUCCCGGACCGCCCUCCUCGACCUAGCUGGCCCUGCUCGGCCGGACAAGGGCAGCAUCUCAGAAGACUGUGGGCCAGGAACAUCCAUGGAGGUGGGUGCGCUGAGGCCGAUCAAAAUUGAGCCGGAAGAUCUAGAUAUUAUCCAGGUCACUGUCCCAGAUCCUUCUUCUCCAACCUCAGAGGAAAUGGCGGAUUCUAUGCCUGGACACCUUCCCCCGGAAGAUUCUGGUUACGGGGUGGAGAUGCUGGCGGAGAAAGGCCCCAGUGAGGACCCGCGGCCGGAGGAGCGGCCCCUGGAGGACAGGCACGGGGACAUCAUCCGGCCCCUGCGGAAGCAGGUGGAGCUGCUCUUCAACACACGAUACGCCAAGGCCAUCGGCACAUCGGAGCCCGUGAAGGUGCCCUACUCCAAGUUCCUGAUGCACCCCGAGGAGCUGUUCGUCGUGGGGUUGCCCGAGGGCAUCUCCCUGCGUAGGCCCAACUGCUUUGGCAUCGCCAAGCUCCGCAAGAUCCUGGAAGCCAGCAACAGCAUCCAGUUUGUCAUCAAGAGGCCCGAGCUGCUCACGGACGGUGUCAAGGAACACGUUACAGACGCCCAAGAGCGCGAUGCUGGGGACCCCCUGGUGGAUGAUAGCCUGAAGAGACAGGGCUUUCAAGAGAACUACGACACCCGACUGUCCAGGAUAGAUAUCGCCAACACACUCAGGGAACAAGUACAGGACCUGUUCAACAAGAAAUACGGGGAAGCCUUGGGCAUCAAGUACCCGGUGCAGGUCCCCUACAAACGCAUCAAGAGCAACCCUGGCUCUGUGAUCAUCGAGGGACUGCCCCCCGGGAUCCCCUUCCGGAAGCCCUGCACCUUCGGCUCUCAGAACCUGGAGCGCAUCCUCGCCGUGGCUGACAAGAUCAAGUUCACUGUCACCAGACCUUUCCAGGGACUCAUUCCAAAGCCUGAUGAAGAUGACGCCAACAGACUGGGUGAGAAGGUGAUCCUGCGGGAGCAAGUGAAGGAGCUGUUUAAUGAGAAAUACGGCGAGGCCCUGGGCCUGAACCGGCCUGUCCUGGUCCCUUACAAACUCAUCCGAGACAGUCCGGACGCCGUGGAGGUCACGGGCCUGCCCGACGACAUCCCCUUCCGGAACCCCAACACCUACGACAUCCACCGGCUGGAGAAGAUCCUCAAGGCGCGGGAGCAUGUCCGCAUGGUCAUCAUCAACCAGCUCCAGCCUUUCGCAGAAAUCUGCAAUGAUGCCAAGGUCCCAGAUGAGAAAAGGAGCCAGAAAUGGAAUGCUCGCAUUACUGAUCUACGCAAACAAGUCGAAGAGUUGUUUGAAAGAAAAUAUGCUCAAGCUAUAAAAGCCAAAGGCCCGGUGACGAUCCCAUACCCUCUUUUCCAGUCUCAUGUUGAAGACCUUUAUGUAGAGGGGCUUCCCGAGGGGAUUCCCUUCCGAAGACCUUCUACAUACGGCAUCCCUCGCCUCGAGAGGAUCCUGCUUGCCAAGGAGAGGAUUCGCUUUGUGAUUAAGAAACAUGAACUUCUGAAUUCAACACGUGAAGAUUUACAGCUUGACAAGCCAGCUUCAGGAGUGAAGGAGGAGUGGUAUGCCAGGAUCACCAAGCUCAGAAAGAUGGUGGAUCAGCUUUUCUGCAAAAAAUUUGCCGAGGCCUUGGGCAGCACGGAAGCCAAGGCUGUUCCGUACCAGAAAUUUGAGGCACACCCCAAUGACCUAUAUGUGGAAGGACUGCCUGAAAACAUUCCCUUCCGAAGCCCCUCAUGGUACGGGAUCCCGCGGCUAGAAAAAAUCAUUCAAGUGGGCAAUCGAAUCAAGUUUGUGAUCAAAAGGCCAGAACUCCUGACUCACACUACCACCGAGGUGACGCAGCCAAGAACGAACACUCCAGUCAAAGAAGAUUGGAAUGUCAGGAUCACCAAGCUGCGGAAGCAAGUGGAGGAGAUUUUCAACUUAAAAUUUGCUCAAGCUCUCGGGCUCACCGAGGCGGUGAAAGUCCCAUACCCUGUGUUUGAGUCCAACCCUGAGUUCCUGUACGUGGAAGGUCUGCCAGAAGGAAUUCCCUUCCGCAGCCCUACCUGGUUUGGAAUUCCACGCCUGGAAAGGAUUGUCCGUGGCAGCAAUAAAAUCAAGUUCGUUGUUAAAAAGCCUGAGCUCGUCGUUUCCUACCUGCCUCCUGGGAUGGCGAGCAAGAUCAACACUAAAGCACUGCAGUCUCCCAAAAGACCGCGGAGCCCCGGCAGCAAUUCAAAGGUCCCCGAGAUUGAGGUCACCGUGGAAGGCCCCAACAACAGCAGUCCUCAGACCUCAGCUGUCCGGACUCCUACCCAGACCAACGGUUCUACUGUCCCUUUCAAGCCUCGAGGGAGAGAGUUUUCCUUCGAGGCCUGGAAUGCCAAAAUCACGGACCUGAAGCAGAAAGUUGAGAAUCUGUUCAAUGAAAAAUGUGGGGAGGCACUGGGCCUGAAGCAGGCGGUGAAGGUGCCCUUUGCAUUGUUCGAGUCCUUCCCGGAAGACUUCUAUGUGGAGGGGUUGCCCGAGGGCGUGCCCUUCCGAAGGCCGUCAACCUUUGGCAUCCCGAGGCUGGAGAAGAUCCUAAGAAACAAAGCCAAGAUUAAGUUCAUCAUUAAGAAGCCUGAGAUGUUUGAGACGGCCAUCAAGGAAAGCACUUCCUCCUCCAAGAGCCCUCCACGAAAAAUAAAUUCAUCGCCCAGCGUGAAUACUACUGCCUCGGGCGUUGAAGAUUUGAACAUUAUCCAGGUGACAAUUCCAGAUGAUGAUAACGAGAGACUGUCCAAAGUUGAGAAGGCUAGACAGCUAAGAGAGCAGGUGAACGACCUCUUCAGUCGGAAGUUUGGUGAGGCCAUCGGCAUGGGCUUCCCCGUGAAAGUGCCCUACCGGAAAAUCACCAUCAACCCUGGCUGCGUGGUGGUGGACGGCAUGCCCCCGGGGGUGUCGUUCAAGGCCCCCAGUUACCUGGAGAUCAGCUCCAUGAGAAGAAUCUUAGAUUCCGCUGAGUUCAUCAAAUUCACAGUCAUUAGACCUUUCCCGGGACUCGUGAUUAAUAACCAGCUGGUUGAUCAGAAUGAGGCAGAAGGCCCCGUGCUGCAAGAGUCCACUGAGCCCAGCCAGUUGGAGGCGCCAGCCUCAGAAGAAGUAAAAGAGACGGAUGGAAGCUCUCAGAUCAAGCAGGAACCAGACCCUACGUGGUAGAGCUCCUACUAUAGGGAACGGUGGCGGGGUUCGAGAGAGGAGCUUCUGGACCGGAGCCUGCCACGCCGUGUAAUAUACUUGUAUAACAGAAAUACCUUCUAUACAAGCCUUUUUUUCUACUUUUAGAUAGAAAUGUCUACUUUUUCAGCAGUUCUGUGAAUUGAAUUAAAGAGCAGAGUGACUGUAGGUUGGAAUGGCUGGCUGACUGGGGGAUGCGGGGCCAGCCGCUCCGGCCACAGGAAGCCGCCCGCUGCAGGCGCGUGUCUGCUUCCGAGGUAGUUCACUUCUGGCGUUGUUUAGGGAAUCAUUUAACCAACCCCUCGGUUGCGGUUGCCCCUGGCUUCCAUGGAUGGCUGGGAAACAAGAGUCUGUAUAUUUGACCAGGCCUUUCCCGUGCUGGCCAUCACGAUUCUUCCGUAUGUGUCACCAUUCAGAGGUAGGGGAGCAAGCAGGUGGCAGGCGAACUGACUAUGGCAGCCAGAGCCUCCCGCUCAGGGCCCUGCUGUCAGGAGGGAUUCUGUGGGUCCCCCUCUCCUUCCCCCACUCUGCUUGUGGUAUUGAGGGCUUGGUGGGUGGCAGCUGUCUCCCAUCGGGGCUGGGGCUCCCACCAGGGUGGGAGCCGGGGGCACUGUUGGAGAGUGCCGGCUCUGAGGGUUCCAGGCCGGUGCAGUGUGUCCCAGCUCUGUGAAAGCUAGAGUAUGUCAUGGCCUAGAGUUCCCAGUAGCUUUAUCACAAUAUUCACAAUGGAGAAUUCUAUUACAUGGUAGCAGAAAUAGGCAUUUUUAUGUGUUGCUUAUAUUUUACCUCAAAUUAAAAUUGUAGAUAUAGGGUAAUAAAUAAAACUCCAUCCAUGCCUUUCA